AUGAAAUACAUCCAGUCUCUACUUAUCGCGACCUUCUUCAUUUUCUUCCCAGCAGUGUCUGCCGAAUGCAACAAGAACGGCAUGACAGGUGAAUACGACAUCAACAAUAACGCUCCCGUCGACCUGAGAAUCGUUUGCGCUCAGCUAUCGGGUAGCUAUGUGAAGAAUGAAUUCCGCCGAGUCUGUAUCAUGGAUACGAACAAUAGAAAGUGGGAUUUUGAGCUUUCGUAUAUCGGGAAUGGUGACCAACGCGACAUCGAUAUAGAAGAAUGCUACAGCGGUAUGAAGGCAGAGGCAGGCUGCGAGCGCGGCGGCCGGAAGAAGUAUUGGAACUGGGAAUACUCGUAAGCUCUUUCCCGCCUGCCUCUCACCUUUGGCUAAGGAAAUGAGAAGAUUUGCUGACCCUGAGAAUUUUCCCAGGGCGGAUCCAAAUGUCGGGCAAUGCAUCAACAUGCACCCGUACGAUUUUGCAAGACCAUUCGACGACCAGUAAGGAAG